UUCGCGGGCACUAGGACCCAGAGCGAGCAGGAGCGGUCCAGCGGCGUCCGGUAGGCGCGACGGAAAAGGCAAACGGAGUAAAAGAGACAGAUUUUAUUUUAUGAAACUGUCCAAGAAGAAAGUGAAGCGAUACGUGGUGGAUUAAGCCUGCGGCGAUGAUCCGGAAUCGGGUGUGAAGCGCUGGGCCGAGACUCCAGUGAUUAAUGAGAAUUAGGCUCCCACAUCCUGCCAGCUUUUGAGCCAAGCAGGCUAGGGGACAUCAUGAGUGAAGUCAUGAUUGUGAAGGAGGGCUGGCUUUACAAACGAGGAGAGUACAUCAAGACCUGGAGGCCGAGAUAUUUCUUACUGAAGACCGAUGGUACAUUCAUUGGUUAUAAGGAACGUCCACAAGAUGUGGACCAGCUGGAAACGCCAUUAAAUAACUUUUCUGUGGCACAAUGUCAGCUGAUGAAGACUGAGCGACCCAAACCCAACACCUUCAUCAUCCGCUGCCUGCAGUGGACCACUGUCAUUGAGCGCACCUUUCACGUCGACACUCCUGAGGAGAGGGAGGAAUGGACUCGAGCCAUCCAGGCUGUUGCUGAUGGCCUGCAGAAGCAACAUGAGGAGGAGAUGAUGGAUUACUCCCCUGACCCCAUGGACAUGGAGAUGUACUUAACCAAACCUCGCCUGAAAGUUACUAUGCAUGACUUUGAAUACCUCAAGCUGCUUGGUAAGGGUACAUUUGGAAAAGUCAUCUUGGUGAAGGAGAAAGCCACUGGGCGAUAUUACGCUAUGAAGAUUCUGAAAAAGGAAGUAAUCGUGGCAAAGGAUGAAGUCGCACACACGCUUACUGAGAACCGAGUGCUGCAGAAUUCCAAGCAUCCAUUCCUAACGGGUUUGAAAUACUCCUUUCAGACUCAUGACCGAUUGUGUUUUGUGAUGGAGUAUGCAAAUGGUGGUGAGCUGUUUUUCCAUUUGUCACGGGACCGCGUCUUCUCAGAGGAAAGGGCGCGGUUCUACGGGGCAGAGAUUGUUUCAGCACUGGAUUACCUUCACUCAGAGAGGAAUGUGGUCUAUAGGGACCUAAAGCUGGAAAACCUUAUGCUGGACAAGGAUGGACACAUUAAGAUCACAGACUUCGGGCUGUGCAAAGAGGGCAUCACAGACGGGGCCACCAUGAAGACCUUCUGUGGAACGCCGGAGUACUUGGCUCCAGAGGUGCUGGAAGACAAUGAUUAUGGACGGGCAGUGGACUGGUGGGGCCUGGGUGUCGUCAUGUAUGAAAUGAUGUGCGGCCGCCUGCCCUUUUACAACCAGGACCAUGAGAAACUGUUUGAGCUCAUCCUUAUGGAGGAUAUCCGCUUUCCUCGCAACCUGGGGCCUGAUGGACGGUCCCUGCUCACUGGCUUACUCAGGAAAGACCCCAAGCAGAGGUUAGGUGGUGGGCCCGGUGAUGCCAAGGAGAUCAUGCAGCACAAGUUCUUUGCGGGGAUUGAGUGGAAGGAUGUUUAUGAGAAAAAGCUUAUCCCACCCUUCAAGCCCCAGGUUACUUCAGAAACAGACACAAGAUACUUUGAUGAAGAGUUUACAGGACAGACUAUCACCAUCACACCUCCGGGACAAGAUGAGAACAUGGAGCCGUAUGACAGUGACAGAAGGCCGCACUUCCCCCAGUUUUCGUACUCUGCCAGUGGGACUGCAUGAAGAGCCGUGUGCAAACCCCCCCCCCCCGACACCGUUGCUGGCCCUCACCUACCAGACUGCAUGCCGCUAAGCAUCAUGGGGCUUUUCUCUUUUCCCUCGUAUGCCUUUAUACGAUCGCCACCACUGCCAUUCAGGCAUUUUCUAUUGGAUCUUUCGUUCUUGUCUGGAUGGAAUGGGGACACACUGCUGGGAGGGAGUGCUGCUGUUACCCCUGAUAGCUGCUUCACUGUUUUACCACAUUUUCUUCCAGAUCUACAGGGUUUAUUUACUUAAUUUUAAUUUGCGAAAAUGCGACAGUAUAUAACCGUGUGGCGGCCCUCUUCAGAUAUUUUUCAAAGAGAUCACGCUAUCAAACUUUUUUAUAUUAUUUUCCUUUUCGUAUUAAUUGCAACUAAUCACCAAGUUUCUCUAGUUUCACCAAGGGGGGUAACUUAGAUCCUUCAUUAAAUUGAGCUCUUAGAGUAAGUUUGAAUUAUUAAAUUCUUUGUAUAUCAUAUUUGCUCGUCUUAUUUUUAUGGUUUGAAAACUUUGAGUAGAUGACUGAAUUUUGAUAAUAUGCCUGGACUGACUGUGUGUUCAAGGCAACUUAAGUACGCAUUCAGUAGGAUGGGAAUGUAACAUUUUUUGUUAUUUAAAAGUAAGCUUUAAGUUCAUGUACCUAGGAACUUGGACGCCUCGGUAAACAAUGAAAUGUCUUACGAGAGCCACUUCCACCCUAACGCAAGAUUGUCUGCAGGCCUGAUGUUUGCAGCCUAGCCUCACCUACCUUGUCCUGCUACCUGUAAUUCUGAGGAUUUUAUACAAUGGCUGAACACACUUCUAUUCACCGGCUGAGAGCUGCUCUCAUCUUCAUAAUGCUCACAGUUUGCCACUGGACUGUGUGUCAACAGAAUGUCAGCUACACAGCCAAACUAACCAGCAUGAGAGAGCUGCAUUGUGCCAUAGCACAGGUCUGUGGUAAACACCGGCUGCUUAGCAUACACUCGAAAAUAGCACUGAUACGAUACUGAUGUGCUCUGAAUACCUGUGAGCAAUGAGUGCUGACGCAGGCUGUUGGACAGCGCUCUGCUUUUAACUACCCGAUGUUUGUCUUUUCAAACAAAGACCCUUCAGACCCUGCCGUCUUGGCUUCUCGGGCCUAGUUUUUUGGUGCUUUCGGCCGUGCCUCACCGGUGCGGUGUCUGAGCUGCCGCUCAUCCCUAGUGCUCAGCCUCAGUGAGGCUGCCGUUGUGAUACACACCUUUUUGGGUGUGGUUCUUAAGCUGGGGAGUUGCUGCCUAGAAAAGUGGCUGGCUUUAAUUAAGAUGGCUUUUCACACCAGCAGUGACAAAAGCAGUCCAGUGUUUAUACUGUAUACGUUCUAGGUCUGCGGUGUUAUUUCCCUUGUGCAUUUCCAGCCUGUGUUGCACAGCUGUAUUGAAGACUUAUUAUAUUCACUCACUUUUAGAGUUAAACUGUAAAUUCAAUAUAAAGUUUCUGCUUAAUGAGAAAUGAAGUCACCUUUUGUACUCACAGACCAUGAAACACAAUAUCCACAGUGAACCUUGUGUUUUACUCUCAAAAGGAUGCACUUUUUUAUCUUUUAUAACUUAUUAAGCUUGAUACUCCAUUUAACGGUUUUUUUUUUGCCAUUUUGACUUCCAGCUAAGUGAUCAUAUAUGUUGUGAGUUUUGUAAAUGAAUUAUUAUUUUAAACCUUUUGGAUCUUUUGUCACUUAGCAAAUUGUACAGAAUAUUGUCUUGAUUCACUUGUAUACUAAGCCUGGCUCUCAAUUUCUCUAGAACUCCCCCUUCCUCUGUGCACUCCCUUGGUAGCAACCUGAAAAGCUUCAGCAAACAUUUUUCCCUCCCUAUAUGUCGAACCUUUUGUGUACUUAAAUUUUUCAAAUAAGGGUUGCGUUUUUUGUAUAUGUGUUCUGUUUGAGCAGGAUUUCUAGAAUUGUAUCAUAUGAGAAGCCAUGAACAGUCAGACAUCUUAAUGGAUUACAGAAAAUCACAAUAAAACAAGAGUGUAGUACA